GCGUGCCCGAGGUGUGUGUGUUAGGUGGGGGGGGAGGAGGAGGAACGAGACCCGGCAGAAAGAUGGCACCAGGUGGGCGAUCAGGGCCAAGAGGGGCAAAGCAGGCCUCGCUCUUCUCUGCUUUUUACUUCUCCGCCUUCUUUCUUGCCCGAGGCGUCCAGGCUGUGCCGGAACCCGGCUUGUGGAGCCAAACGUUGGGGCCGAACCAUAAGCCACUGGUGUUUACAAAAACAAUGUUUAACAAAACAGAUAUAGUACUUCAAGUUGUUUCAUUCAAAUGUCCUGAAGCAAUAUCGUUAACAGUUGAAUGGUACCUCAGAUAUUACCCUUGCCACAAUGAAUUUAAUAAUAUUAAAGAUAUGUAUGACAGAAGAUUGUCCAGCAGUAGUAUUAGUAAUAGUCUUGAACCUCACCCGUUAAGUCAAGGACAAUACAUUGCCCACAAGACUGAAAAUAUUGCUUGCAGUGAAGAAACCCAGGUCUUCCCAAAAUUUAAUAUGAGCCAAGAUCUACCCAAACCUGUGAUGGUACAGACACCAAAUACAAAUGUGGAUAUAGAGGCAAAAAGCAACUCGAUUGUCAAGACCACUGACAGUGUCCAUGUGUCUGAAGGUGAUGAGACUCUACAUUCAUUAUGGAAAAGAGACAUCACAUCUAAAAAGUAUGAUGUCGUAGCACAGACCUGGAGAGAUGGUCCAUAUCUAUUUGUUGUCUCGAUCAAAUCUCUCCAUGAAAGAAUUGAAAGUAACUGGAAUUUAACAGUGCUGGUGUUAAUGCAAGGUUCCCAUGGAUUCAUCUCAGCAACUGAAUUUCCACUGAUGGUUUUUUAUAUGGUGAUGUGCAUCCUUUAUAUACUUUAUGGCAUCUUGUGGCUGUUCUGGUCUGCAUGUUAUUGGAAAGACUUAUUGAGGAUACAGUUCUGGAUAGCUGGAGUUAUUUUUCUUGGGAUGCUGGAGAAAGCGGUUUUCUAUGCAGAAUAUCAGAACACUAAUAUUCGUGGAAUAUCUGUGCAAGGCCUCCUAGUCUUUGCAGAACUUAUUUCUGCCGUGAAAAGGACAUUGGCUCGGCUCCUUGUGAUUAUUGUAAGCUUGGGAUAUGGAAUAGUUAAACCUCGACUGGGCACAGUAAUGCACAGAGUGAUUGGUUUGGGAGCGCUGUACCUGGUUUUUGCAGCUGUCGAAGGAGUCUUGAGAAUUACAGGGGAUCGAAGAAGUGUGCCAGUCUUGGUGGCCGAUAUAUUUUUAGCAUUAAUUGAUUCCUGUUUUGUGUGGUUCAUAUUCGUCAGCUUAGCUCAAACAAUUAAGACUCUAAAAUUAAGGAAAAAUGCAGUGAAGCUAUCACUAUACAGACAUUUUACCAAUACAUUAAUUUUGGCAAUAAUAGCAUCAGUUGGAUUUAUGGUAUGGACAACCAAAAAGUUCAGAUUGACAGCAUGCCAGUCAGAUUGGAUGGAACUCUGGGUUGAUGAUGCUUUCUGGAGACUUCUUUUUUCUGUCAUUCUCUUGGUCAUAAUGUUCCUCUGGAGACCAUCAGCAAAUAAUCAGAGAUAUGCACUUACACCUCUUAUUGAUGACCCAGAUGAUGAAAUGAAUGAACUGGUUGGAGUAAACUUUGCUGAUGGAAUAAAGGCAAGGACAUCCAAAGUGGGGAUUAAUGGCACAGCAAAACCAGGCUCCAAUAUGGAUGAAGAUUUAAAGUGGGUGGAAGAAAACAUCCCUUCAAUUACAGACAUUGCACUCCCUAUGUUGCUGGAUUCAGAUGAAGAAAUAAUGACAACCAAAUAUGAAAUGUCAAAGAUGGAAUGAAGUUUUUGUGCAAUGCAAGCCGGUAUUUUACUGUGAAGUUCACUUUGUGACACUGACUGAAUUCUGCAUGUGGUGUGGUCCAAGGAUAGUGAAGGAAGAAGUGUCAUGGAUGGCUUGAGUUGGUAAUUGGGCUACCAGAGAUAACACUGUUCGUUUACUUCAUGUGCAAUUCUCACGUUCUAAUUUUAUUUUUAAACUUACUUUUGAAGUGAAUAAAGCUGUAAGUCCACAUAACAGAAAAUCAAGACUCUGCACUGUAAAGAGACUUUGCUAUGAAUCUUUUAAAAUAGCAUGAGAGUUCAAUUUUCAGUAAUUCCUCCUUUCCCCUCCCCUCUUGAAAUGAAAUACUCUGUAGGCUGAUGCGGAUUUAGAAUUUUGUCCUUGUGACAGUAUUCCAUUAAGCUAGCCUACAUUGUGUAAGAAGUAUCUUGAAAUAUUCUGUUGACAGUUUCUUGGAAGUUUUAAUUUCACACCCACCUGUAAAGCUGGUGAAAAAAACAAAAAAACUGCGGAUGCUGGAAAUCC